CGAUUCUCCAUCACUCUCCUUCAUCGCCGCUUCUCCCAGCUCCGAUUCAACUCCUGUUCUACAUCUCUUAGGUAUAGGAAGUCACAAUUUCGAUAUCUCUGUCAGUGUUAAGCUGAAAUCGAAGUUUUAUUUUUUUGCUUUAAUUUCUUGGUUGCUUUGAUAUGUUGGUUGCUUUGAUUUCCUGUUUUAUUCCAGUUAUCUUUUUAUUUGGUUGGUAUCGUUUCAUGCUCUGAAUAUUUUUGCUAUAUCAUUACAUCCUCUGACUCUUAUGUGUUAUGUUAUAAGUUCGUUUUGUUACAAAAGGUUUCAACUUAGGUUCGAACACAGCAUUAUGGACAAAGCUUGGGUACAUCUAAACAGAGUUGAUCCUGGAUAUGAGAGAGGGGCUUCAAAGUUUGUCCGGGAUGUGGCUUCAGCAAUGGGAGGGGUUGAUGUUAUUGUAUGUCCGUGUAUUGACUGCCGUAACAUAGUUCGACAUUCAGCAAGUGUGGUACUUGAUCAUCUUGUUACUAGGGGUAUGGAGGAGGGUUAUAAGAUGCGGGCUGAUUGGUAUCUACAUGGAGAGUUGAACGCAGAGGUUGCUGAUGAAAGCAAAGGAAGUGAGUGGAACGAUGAGAUCUAUGGGUUGUUCAGAGCUGCUGAGUGUUUUGAUGAAGAGUUAGCUGGUAUGGGGAAUCUAUCUGAUAUGGCAGAGGGAGAGGACAAGAGAGAAGAUGAGUUCUUGGCAAAGCUAGCUGACGCUGAAACACCAUUGUAUCCGAGCUGUUCAAGCCAUAGCAAGUUAUCUGCAAUUGUUUCGUUGUUCAGAUUGAAGACUCAGAAUGGAUGGUCUGACAAGAGCUUCAAUGAUUUGCUAGAGACCUUGCCAGACAUGUUACCUGAAGAAAAUGUCUUGCACACAUCACUCUAUGACGUGAAGAAGUUCUUGAAAUCAUUUGACAUGGGCUACGAGAAGAUCCAUGCUUGUGGCAACGACUGCUGCCUAUUCAGAAAGAGGUUCAAGAAGCUCGAUAAGUGUCCUAAAUGCAAGGCUUCAAGGUGGAAGACUAAUGUCCACACGGGUGAGACGAAGAAAGGCGUCCCACAGAAAGUUCUCCGUUACUUCCCUGUAAUACCAAGACUGAAGAGAAUGUUCCGGUCUGAAGAAAUGGCCAAGGAUUUGAGGUGGCACUUUACCAACAAAAGCAGUGAUGGAAAGCUGCGUCAUCCUGUUGAUUCUGUGACAUGGGAUCAUAUGAAUGCCAAAUACCCUACGUUUGCAGAUGAAGCAAGGAACCUGAGGCUGGGACUUUCAACAGAUGGAUUCAAUCCAUUCAACAUGAAGAACUCGAUGUACAGUUGCUGGCCUGUUCUGCUAGUUAACUACAACUUACCUCCAGACCUGUGCAUGAAGAAGGAGAACAUCAUGCUUUCUUUGCUGAUUCCUGGUCCACAUCAGCCUGGUAAUAGCAUAGAUGUGUAUUUAGAACCCCUAAUCGACGAUCUUAACACUCUGUGGAGCAUUGGAGAGGUAACAUACGACGCUCUUACUCGAUCAGCUUUUAGACUAAAGGCGAUGCUGCUUUGGACAAUCAGCGAUUUUCCAGCUUAUGGGAAUCUAGCAGGCUGCAAAGUAAAGGGAAAAAUGGGAUGUCCGUUAUGUGGAAAAAAUACAGAGAGCAUGUGGUUGAAGUUCAGCAGAAAGCAUGUGUAUAUGGGUCAUAGAAAGGGUCUGCCACCAACUCACAGUUUUAGAGGAAAGAAGAAAUGGUUUGAUGGAAAAGUAGAACAAGGGAGAAGGGGAAGAAUACUUACUGGGCGUGAUAUUUCUCAACAUCUGAGAAAUUUUCACAAUGAUUUUGGAAAUUUCAAACGGUCUGCCAGUAAGAGAAAAAUGAUGCAGGGUUCAACUGAUUUAGGGUCUGAUAUUGAGGGUAUGUCGAGUGAAUCAGAUGAAGAGGAAGAAGUACUAGUAGAUGAGGAUGAGUUAUCUAGAUGGAAGAAGAGGUCAAUAUUCUUCAAGCUACCUUAUUGGGAGGAACUCCCGGUGAGGCACAACUUAGAUGUAAUGCAUGUGGAGAGAAAUGUUGCUGCAAGCUUAGUUUCAACGUUGUUGCACUGUGGGAAAUCUAAGGAUGGCCUUGCCGCUCGUAAGGAUCUGGAGGAGCUUGGUAUUAGGCCGGAUUUGCACCCUAGAGUGCAAGGAAAAAGAACCUAUCUCCCUCCAGCACCAUGGUCUUUGUCCAAGCAAGAAAAGAAGAUAUUUUGCAGGCGUCUAUUUGACUUCAAAGGGCCAGAUGGAUAUUGUUCUAACAUAUCAAGAGGUGUCUCGUUGGAUGACUGUAAAGUCUCUGGUCUGAAAUCACAUGACUACCAUGUUUUGAUGCAACAACUUCUGCCGAUUGCACUUAAAGGGUUGCUGCCAAAAGGACCGAGGCUUGCAAUUUUUAGAUUAUGCUCUUUCUUCAAUCUGUUGUGUCAAAGAGUGAUUGACAUGGAGAAGCUUCUGGUUAUGGAAGCUGAGAUUGUUGAGACUCUGUGCUUGUUUGAAAGAUACUUUCCUCCAAGUUUGUUUGAUAUCAUGCUUCAUUUGACUGUCCAUCUAGGAAGAGAAGCUCGGCUUGGUGGACCAGUCCACUUUAGAUGGAUGUACCCGUUUGAAAGGUACAUGAAAGUCCUCAAAGACUUUGUUAGAAAUCCUGCAAGACCAGAGGGCUGCAUAGCUGAGUGCUACCUUGCUGAGGAAUGUAUCCGGUUUUGCAGUGAGUUCCUGAAGAAAACAACAAAUGUUCAAGAGAAACAGGAUAGAAACACAGAGUAUGAGAACAAUUCUAUCUUAGAGGGUCGUCCAAUAACCACUGCUACUUCAGUAACUCUCACUGAAACGGAAAAGAGAAUUGCUCAUCUUGCUAUCAUCCAAAACAUGGCUCUGGUCGAACCUUAUGUAGAGUAAGUAUAAAUUUAUCUUUCAUUACAUAGUUUUUAUUUACAAUCAAUAACUUUUUCUAAUUUAUUUCUAUUUUGAUCUGCUACUAGUGAGCAUCUACAAUAUUUACAAGACACAGAUGGAAGGUGUCGGCGAGAUGCAUCAACGUUAUGGAGUAUGCAUACUAAGAAUUUUGCUUCCUGGCUAAAAGAGAAGGUACUGAAUUACAU